CAGGCCGCCGUGGCUGCCGCCGCCGCCGCGCUCAGCGCGUCCAAGACGAAGACGAAGAAGAAGCACUUCGUGUGCCAGAAGGUGAAGCUCUUCCGCGCCUCCGAGCCCCUCCUCAGCGUGCUCAUGUGGGGAGCGAACCACACGAUUAAUGAGUUGAGUAAUGUCCCCGUUCCGGUGAUGCUAAUGCCAGAUGACUUUAAAGCCUAUAGCAAGAUAAAGGUGGACAAUCAUCUUUUCAACAAGGAAAAUCUGCCCAGUCGUUUCAAAUUUAAGGAGUACUGUCCUCUGGUGUUCCGAAAUCUUCGGGAACGGUUUGGGAUUGACGAUCAGGAUUAUCAGAAUUCUGUGACGCGGAGUGCCCCGGUGUACAGUGAUAGCCACGGCCGAUGUGGGGUCCGUUUUCUCACCACCUACGACCGGCGGUUUGUCAUCAAGGCAGUAUCAAGUGAGGACGUUGCAGAGAUGCACAACAUAUUAAAAAAGUACCACCAGUUCAUUGUGGAAUGUCACGGAAAUACGCUUCUCCCUCAGUUCCUUGGCAUGUACAGGCUCACUGUGGACGGCAUGGAAACCUACAUGGUAGUUACCAGGAACGUGUUUAGCCACCGGCUUACCGUGCAUCGGAAAUAUGAUCUCAAGGGAUCAACAGUAGCCAGAGAAGCCAGUGACAAGGAGAAGGCCAAGGAUCUGCCAACAUUUAAGGACAAUGACUUCCUAAACGAAGGCCAAAAGCUCCACGUUGGAGAGGAGUGUAAGAAGAACUUUUUGGAGAAAUUGAAGCGAGACGUUGAGUUUCUUGCCCAGCUGAAGAUCAUGGAUUACAGCAUGCUGGUGGGGAUACAUGAUGUAGACCGUGCUGAGCAAGAGGAGAUGGAAGUGGAGGACAGGGCGGAAGAUGAAGAAUGCGAAAACGACGGCAUUGGGGGGAACCCCGUUGGUUCUUAUGGGACCCCCCCUGACAGUCCUGGGAACCUUCUCAACUUCCCCCGUUUUUUUGGACCUGGGGAGUUUGAUGCAUCGGUGGAUGUCUACGCCAUGAAAAGCCAUGAAAGUGCUCCUAAAAAGGAGGUGUAUUUCAUGGCCAUUAUAGAUAUCCUCACGCCAUACGACACAAAGAAGAAAGCGGCACAUGCUGCCAAAACUGUGAAACACGGGGCCGGAGCAGAGAUUUCCACUGUCAAUCCAGAGCAGUAUUCAAAACGCUUCAAUGAAUUUAUGUCCAAUAUCCUGACAUAGUUAUUUCCCCACCUUCAGCAAGAAAGGGGAGAGGCUACAUUCAAGACCAAAGGAGGA